UAUUACGCGACCACAACGGUUAUCUGCGGCUAGCAAUGGGAUGGAUUCGGUCAAUAGAAUUUUACAUUAGUUGUUUCUUUGCUUAUAAUUGAUAAUGAGGAUUUGACGACCGCUGACGUUUUGACAACUACUUCACGGCCUUUCUACAGCGGACUGCACUACACAAUACAUUAAAAUGGGUGGUGUCGACGUGACACUCAGCGUGGUGACCACAGACUCACAACAACCGAUAGACGUAGAAGGGCUGCGACGCAUCAACCGAGUGUCGGUUCACCGCCUCAUCAACCCACCACUGACCGACGGCGAGUCGUUCAUCGGGAAGUCACUACCUGAGAAGCCGGCGUCUGUGUGGGCAGCCCAACUGAAUGUGAAGGAAGUUCCCUUCAAGGAAGACUGCGUCGGAAUGUCCUUGGUCAGACAGACAGUCGAUCUCAGAAACAAAGCGACCGAUUUGCCAACUGAGAGUAGAACAUCUGAUCUGCAGGCGCCCGUUGUGUCCAAGGCGAACUCCAACGAUACGAGAAGCGCUGCACCUGCGAGCCGCUGCUACGACAUGCAAAACGCGAUGCUGUUCAGCUGCGUGGACCGGCCGACGACGGCCAGCUCGAUCCGGUCGAAGCGGUGGAGCCGCGAGCGCAGCCUCUACGACGAAGAACACCUGGAGAACAUGGAGCAGUUCAAACACAGGCCGUACAUGCGCCACGCCUACCCUGAGCUGCCCAAACACUACCCGGGCACGUGGCGGGUGGCGCGCUCCGCCGAACUCGGCACCAUCGUCGCCAGACUCACCAAGCCGACGCUCGCCAGCAGGAUUCGGGCCCAGGACAUCAGGUUGCAGCAGACGUACUUGCAACGGUUUCGGCAGCUCGACAAGGAGAAAGAUAUCAUGUUUAAAAAAGAGCAGCAGGAUUCAAAACCUGGUAACCGCGUUACCAGCUGUAGGUUUUGAGUUGGGGGUGGGGCAGGGGUUGGGAAAGAAAAAAGA